CUUAGUACCGGUCUUAGUAAACAAAAGCCCCUUUCGUCGUUCGAAGGAGCGUUAUAAGCCAGUCAUCAUAAGUAAAACUUAUAAGGUACCUCCUAGGCUGGCUUAGUGAGACAAAGUCGAUGCCACUAAGAACUUUAUAUAUGAUAUUAUUUGAUUUGGUUAUAAGCUGUUGAUUAAACUUAUUAACUACAGGUGCCUAAGCUAGAAAGUGUCCGAAUCUCAUGCUUUUUUAAAGUUUCGAGAUAGACCGCCAACGGUGACUUGCAGCCAUGAGCCCUCCGCAGGACGAAGUUCACCGCCGUUCGCUGGAGGAUCCGGAGAAAUUCUGGGGCCGGCACGCCGAGAAGCUGCAUUGGCACGAGAAGCCGCAUUCGGUCAUAACCAAGACGACGAGGAAGCUCAAAAGCGGAUUGGGGUAUCCUCAUUGGGAGUGGUUCUCGGGCGGUAAGAUAUCAACAUGUUACAACUGCGUUGAUAGGCACGUCCUUGCUGGCAAUGGCCACCAGCCUGCUAUCUUCUACGAUAGUCCUGUCACCAAGAAGAAGGCUACUAUCACGUACUCGCAGCUACUUGACCAGGUCGAGGUUACGGCUGGUGCUCUAAGGGAAGAAGGUGUCAAGAAAGGGGAUGUGGUGUUGGUUUAUAUGCCAAUGAUCCCGGCUGCUCUCAUUGGAAUUUUGGCUAUCAACCGGCUCGGGGCAAUCCACGCAGUUGUGUUUGGCGGGUUCGCCGCAGCAUCUCUAGCCCAACGGAUCGAGUCAUCCAAGCCCGUGGCCAUCUUAACAGCUUCAUGCGGAAUAGACGGGGCCAAAGCGCCUAUGAGCUACAAGCCUUUCAUCUCGGAGGCUAUCCAACUAUCUAGUCACAAGCCAAGCCGUGUCAUAAUCUGGCAGCGAGACGAGUUACGAUGGGAUAACCUCAACAAAUCAGCCGGCGAGCGUAAUUGGUUCAAGAUGGUGCGCAGCUGCAAAGCGAGAGGCGUGAGGGCCGAUUGCGUGCCUGUUAGCUCUACGGAUGCGAUUUAUAUCAUCUACACGAGUGGAACAACGGGCUCGCCUAAAGGUGUUGUCCGUCAAGCAGGUGGUCACGCGGUUGGCUUACAUCUUUCAAUGAGAUAUUUGUUUGGUGUCCACGGACCCAGAGAUGUUAUGUUCACGGCAAGCGAUAUAGGUUGGGUGGUAGGCCAUUCCUACAUCAUCUACGCCCCUCUCCUUGUCGGAGCAGCAACGGUCCUCUUUGAAGGAAAACCUAUCGGGACCCCUGAUAGUUCGACUCUCUGGCGCAUCAUACAAGAAUAUAAAGUGACGAGUUUGUUCACUGCUCCGACUGCUCUUCGGGCUAUCAAGAGAGAUGACCCAAAUAACACGUCUCUCAAGCGGAUAGGCGAGCAGGGCGGCCUCAAAAGCCUCAAGGCGCUUUUCCUAGCGGGCGAGAGGUCGGAACCCUCGAUAGUAACGAUGUACGACGAACUCGUGCAACGGUACGGUGCUCCCGGUGCCACGGUCGUGGAUAAUUGGUGGUCGUCAGAGUCAGGAUCGCCAAUGUCCGGCAUCUGUUUAGCGCCACACGCGGGAGACACCGAAGGCACCAUAAGCAGGAGCUAUCGACGGUUACCGAUCAAGCCGGGGAGCGCCGGCAUGGCACUGCCGGGGUUUGACGUUAGAGUUGUGGAUGACGAUGGGAACGAGGUAAAGAGAGGAAAGAUGGGUAAUAUUGUUCUGGCGAUACCGCUAGCCCCGACGGGUUUCACAACGUUGUGGAAAGACGACGAAAGAUUUUAUAAUGGGUAUCUGAAAAGGUUUGGAGGGAAAUGGGUUGACACCGGCGAUGCCGGCAUGAUAGACCCUUCUGGGUACAUCAGCAUUAUGAGUCGAAGCGAUGAUUUGAUCAAUACAGCCGGUCAUCGACUUUCGACUGGAUCCAUCGAGCAAGCGAUAACAAGCCAUCCUCUAGUUGCGGAAGCUUGCGUAGUCGGGGUUCCAGACUCCCUGAAAGGCCAGCUCCCUUUCGCCUUCAUAACUUUAUCAGUGCCUGACCACCCUCCCUCCGCUGUACCGGACAAACAGCUAUCCGACGAGAUCCAAAAGCUGGUGCGGCGCCAGAUCGGAGGCAUUGCAACGCUCGGCGGCAUAAUCCAGGGGAAGGGAAUGAUCCCCAAGACGCGGUCGGGCAAGACGCUGCGAAGGGUUCUGAGGGAGCUGGUUGAGAAUGCCGUUCACGACGAGCUCGAGAACGAAGUCCAGUACCCGGCCACCAUCGAGGACGCGUCGGUCGUCGAUGUAGCGAAGUCUAAGGUCGUAGAAUAUUUUAAGCAUAGAGGGGAAGCGCAUAAAGCGACCGAGGUAAGGGCUAAGUUGUAGAGGACUCGUCUCCGUUGAGCUAUAUUCUCGACAAUGCCUGCUACUGUUGUACUUCUGUUUCUGUUGUUUUGAGUUAAAGGGAUACGAUCAGCGGGUAUAUUUACUAGGAGGAUCUACCUCUCGGGUAGCUUUCGUAUUCAUGUUCAAGUAUAGUAAUCUAUCAUAAAGGCCCUAUCUUCUCGUAGUGACACACCCCUUCUCCACAGCAACGACGUCAAAUCACAUUAAUGUGUGCUUUUCCUGGAUAUUGUAUUUGUAAUUUCUAGUCAUUUUAUCUAAUUG